AUGGUGCGGUCCGGAGUAUGCUGCAUCGGCGAUGCUGCUCUGCAGAGCGGCAGGGGGCAAAGCGCGUACACGGCGCUGAUGGCAGCUCCGCCGGCUCGUCCAUGGAGUAAGGCUGAGCUGACCGACUUCUUGGCCGCGUCGAGACCGUCGAGUCUCGAUCUCGAAGCGCGCAGGGGUGGCUUCGCCAGCUUUCUCCACGACAGGGAGGUGGCAAAGCAAGCAGGUCAUGAUUCCAACAGUGCGUUGGACUUGGCGUACAAUGCUGAGAUCCAGACCAUGCGCGCAGAUGAGAAGGCAGAUGAUACCGAGGUGCAGGUUGAGGCAGCUGAAGGAUGGGAGGAGUAUGAGCUGUCUUUGCUUGCCCUCCUGUCCUUGGCCAUGGUGGGGACGGCCGGAUGGCUCUACAAUCAGUAUCAGAGGUGGCUUGCCCUGAAGAAGGCCAUGGCGGAGUACCAGAACUAA